GAACAACGGGACAUUUGGACGAUGAGGUGGAACUCUGUUUUUUGCCGUCAUGGGAACAGUAGCAGCUGGUGACAUGGCUGUAUCACCCUGAUCAAGGUCGAGGUGGGCACACGUGACCCAACUCGGACAUAAAAGUCUGCGUUUGGCCGAGUCAGGUUUACACAGGUGGUCGUGAUGAAGGGGCUGCUCGCUUUCGCCGCAUUGUUUGCGGUCGCUCUCGCCAAGGACACGUUCGAGGGGCAUCAGGUGCUCCGGAUUGUCCCAAAAAAUGACGUCCAGCUGUCUCUUAUCAAGGAACUGGAGAAGAUGAUAGAGUUUGAGUUGGACAUCUGGAUGGGGGUGACUGAUGCUUUCUCUCCUGUGGACAUCAGAGUUCCCUCUCAUACCUUGCAUUCUUUCAAGAGUUAUUUGGAAAACUUCAACAUUAACUACUCCACCAUGAUUGAGAACUUGCAGGAAAUGUUGGAUAGGGAGCAGGAAGAGAUGGACUCGGCUGCUCGUGUUGGUCAACCAAGAAACACUGACAGCUUUGACUACGCCAGGUACCACCCCAUCAACGAGAUCUACAGUUUCCAGGACAUGCUGGUGGCUGAAAAUCCCAACAUGGUCAGCAAGCUUGUGAUUGGUCAGAGCUACGAGGGCCGUCCUCUUAAUGUGCUCAAGUUCAGCACUGGUGGAACCAACCGUCCUGCCAUCUGGAUCGACACUGGGAUCCACUCCAGAGAGUGGGUCACUCAGGCCAGCGGCAUCUGGUUUGCCAAGAAGAUAGUGAAAGACUACGGCAGUGACCCAGCUCUCACCGCCAUCCUCGACAACAUGGACAUCUUCCUGGAGAUCGUGACCAAUCCUGAUGGAUAUUACUUUACCCACACCUCUAAUCGUAUGUGGCGAAAGACAAGGAAACCAAACCCUGGUUCUUCCUGCAUCGGAGUUGAUCCCAACAGAAACUGGGAUGCUGGUUUUGGAGGACCUGGUGCCAGCAGCAGCCCCUGCUCAGAGACCUACCGUGGACCCAGAGCUCACUCCGAGCCCGAGGUCAAAGCCAUUGUGGACUUUGUGAAGUCCCACGGCAACAUCAAGGCCUUCAUCUCCAUCCACUCCUACUCUCAGAUGCUCCUGUACCCCUAUGGAUACACCACGACCCCCGUUAAGGACCAGGCUGAGCUGCACCAACUGGCCCAGAAGGCCAUCAGCGACCUGACCUCCCUGUAUGGAACUCGCUACAAAUACGGCAGCAUCAUCAACACCAUCUACCAAGCCAGUGGUGGCACCAUUGACUGGACCUACAACCAGGGAGUGAAGUACUCCUACACCUUUGAGCUGAGGGACACCGGCCUCUACGGCUUCCUGCUGCCCGCCAAUCAGAUCAUUCCCACGGCCCAGGAGACUUGGCUGGCUCUGAUGGCCAUCAUGGACCACACUCACAAGAAUCCAUAUUAAUGUGUUUGUGUGUGGACACGUGGAAGUCUGAGGGGCCCACUUCGGCUCCACUGAGGUGUCAUCAGUAAAAACACCAAAGGAAAUAAAAGUCCCACUGACAAAAUGUCCUCUUAA